UCCUAUCUCUUCACCGUGUUUUGGCAUCUCUGGCCUCCUAUUUAUGCCUGAGGCUGCAAGUAACUUAAACAUUUCCAUCUUUCACACCGAUUCUCAGCAUUGAAGUUCCAAUGCCUACUAGACGCGGCGCCACCAGGCGCGCGGGGUCUACUCCACGCUCCGAUAUAGGGAGUGCCUCGACGUAUUUUCAGUCCAAGCUGGGUCCGGAAGCCAGGACACAGGCUCUGCCAAAUCUUCCAACCAAGCAGUCAUUCGCUUAUGGAUCUGCUGAGACGCCAAUUCUCCCGCGGGAGCUCAAGAUCCAGCCUCAUAUGGAUCUGACUGAGAUGGCCGACGCAAUCGACAAGGGAAUUGAGGAUGCGAAGGAUCGGCAGUUGAAAGAGAAAGAAACCACUCAGAACAAGUCUCGUCGACAGAAGUCGCCUUCUAUCAGUCGUUCCCCGGUUCGGCGAAGUCGCCGGGAGCCGACUCCGGAUGAGUUGCAGCUUCUCGACAACCUGCGCGAGGCAACUAAGUCUCCCACGCCUAUACGGGGAAACUACAGCAACAACGACCAAUCCACCGCCACCCCCACACCUCCUAUCCCACACACUCUUUCUACCGCCUCAAGUCCUACGCAGCCUCUACCUGUACCCAGAUAUCCCCACGUCCCAGCCGACAAUCUGUAUCCGUCUCCUAUGGGGCGGUUUGGCCCGCAAUUGCACGAUGGCCCUCCGUUAGGAAGCUCCCCACUACCAGACAACUCCUCAUUAUACUCCUUCACCGUUGAGCGAGCAAUCAACUCCGAUGAACUGACACGGACGCUUUCCGACGGAAAGAAUAUCAAGGCACCCCCUCGUCGAUUUUCCGGGCUGGCUUUCAACGAGCCUAUCCACGAAGAAGAGGAACCGGACUCGAGGCUUCUGAAAACGAAAUCGAGGUCGCCCUCCCUGCAACCUAGUCUUGAGGAAUUCACGAUAGAGCCUUCCCCAGAGCCGGAGCCACAGUUGGAACUCGAGUCUGUGCAUGAGCCUUCCCCAGAGCCUACGCCUACGCCCGAGCCAGAGCCUAUGCCAGAGCUGGAGCAUAUGCCGGAGCCCACACCGGAGCCGGAGGUCAUCAGAGAAAAGUCUCCUGCAGCACAGUUUACCGCGCCCACAAAGACACUCAUUCCUGAUACAUAUGCGCGGAGUCCAUCACGAGAACCAUCAGUCGAUGGCAACCAACAUAAUAUCACUCAGAGAGGCCAGUCCUGGUCCUGGGUAGGAAGCCUAUCAGCACAGUUGCCCAGCGUAUCUACGGUCGGUCGCAUACUCGCUGGAAUAGCCUUGGCAGCGGCAACAGUCUACCUGGUUGCCUUUGGCGGACUUCCCUCCCUUUCUCGACCCACACAAUAUAUCCCGAUGGAUGAGAGCAAUAUGCUAGCAGUCAGCAGCCUUACAGAUCAGAUGUCUCGAAUUGGAGCACAGGUAUCCUCAUUGGCGAAGGAUAUGCGCACCGUCAAAUGGGACGUGAACGCGGUGCAGUCGGAGGUCCGCUCGUCACCUACCCCAAUCAUGCCACCAAGCAGAGGCACCGAUUUUGGUCCUCCCACAGAACAAAAGACCAACUUCCUGAGCAUUGGACUAGGAGUGCUUGUUAUUCCGGGUCUCACAAGCCCAACUGUCGGACACAAGCUCAAUCCUUUACAGUGGGCCUAUGUCAAACUAUGGAGGGGUAGUUAUUAUCGUCCCGCAUCACCGCCGCUCGCGGCUUUAGCUCCCUGGGAAGACUAUGGAGAUUGCUGGUGCAGCACACCCCGGGAUGGUAUGUCACAGAUCGGCAUUGACCUAGGCCAAAAAAUCGUGCCAGAGGAAGUGGCCGUCGAACACAUGCCGAAGACGGCUACAUUGAAGCCUGAAAAUGCCCCCCGGGAGAUGGAGCUCUGGGCUCAAUACGUACUCGUCCAGAAGGGAGCCAGUCGACAUGCAAGGACGCAUGCGUCAAUCCACAAGCCGAUCAUGAACGCCCUCCGAUCAGCAUGGCCUACCGAGGAUCCGACUGCCUACUCCGAUGAUCCACUCCUAGGACCGUCAUAUUACCGAGUCGGGAAAUUUACCUACGAUAUCCACGGCUCGCAUCACGUGCAGCUAUUUCAACUAGACGCGGUGAUUGAUUCUCCAGAACUCCGGGUAGACAGGGUCGUCUUCCGGGCUACGUCGAACUGGGGCGGCAAUCACACGUGUAUCUAUCGACUGAAGCUAUUCGGUCAUGUAUAGCAUGUUUUUUUUCCCUCCCUCCGGCGUUGUUGAUAUCAUCGGCGGCGGCGUAUUGCGUUUCAAAAUGUUUCUCUUUGGGCGGCGUUUGGUAGGAACGGGAAGAUACCAGGCAAUGGCAAUCGUGAUAGACGGUCUGUUGUGUUAUUAAUUUCGUGGA